AUGUCUUUCAAAUUCAUAUUGAGUAAUAAGAGUCAAUAUUCAAAGGAUCGCAAUGUUAAUAUAGAUUAUAGUCCUGUUUUUAAUAUUUAGUUGUAAUAAAAAUUGAAUAUUUUUCCAAUUUUUAAUGAAGAUCAUUAAGCUACAACUCCUGGAUUUAUCAUUGAAUAUGAGAAAGUAUGA